GAUAAAGCGGUAGACGAUGGAUGGAAUAUGCAGAUCAUGAAAUAUCCCAUAUUGAACUUUUUUCAUACGAUGUGAUUGUUUCACUAACUUUUGUUUACGGUAUGGCAGCAGGAGUAUAUUUUAGUGUUCAUCAUGUAAUUUAACGUCUAGUUAAGUAACAGAAACAAACAGUGUCAUCUGAAUUAUAUCCCCUGCACAUCAGUACAUGACCUGUGCCUGACUGUGUCUGAUAAAAUAUUAUGAUGGAUGAUGACAAGGAGGAAGAGAUGAGGGUAAAGAAAGAGAGGGGGACAACAAGAAAAGAGGAGACAACAAGACAGACACCAAAAAGAUCCUCCAUGCUAAAUUAUUCAACAUUUGGUUUCUGAUAGUUUGCCACUGGCCCUGCUCGCUGCUGCCUACUCUGUCACAGGCUGUGUGUGUGUGUGUGUGUGUGUGUGUGUGUGUGUGUGUUGACAGGUGCUUGGUGGUGUAAUGUUCAGGUGGUUCAGAUUGCCAGACGAGUAUUUACUUAAUUAAACUGACAUAUACUGUAUGUAACAUACACUCACACAACGACUCAUCUCUCUCUCUCUCACACACACACACACAGCUGCAUGGUCCUCAGAGGAUGAACUCUUUCCAUUUCCAACAUUUAAUUCUGAAGGGAACACGACACACGUGUUGGACUUACCACAUUAGAUUGUUUUGUUCUAAUACUUUGUCACUUUAUGGCUGCAUAUUUUCUCUUGUAAGUCAUCAUUAUCAGCUAUAUAGUCCUCAUUUACACGUCAUCCCCGAUUCGUUCCUCAAUAACUAAUCACAUUUUUAUGUACUGUAUUGUAAAGUGUUUCCAUUUUUAUCACUUUUUCUAGUUUACUUACAUUGUCCUUUGUGCUCCUCAGUCAGGAAACACAGUUUUAUCCUGAAUAACAUGCAGAAGUUACAUGGCAAUGAGAGCCUGUAGUGUAUUUAUCUAUACAGAAAUCCAACACCACGGGACACACCUGAGGAGGAAGUGACGUCUUGUUGCCAUGGGUGAUAGCGGAGGUUGUGGGUUAACAAAGUCUGAGUGUGACAGACAGAGAGGGAGGGGGAGAGAGAGGAGGAGGAACUGUGAACUGUUGCUACAGUGAAAAGUUCAAACUGAUCUGACAGGUAGCACAAGGCUGGAUUUGAUCAGAUAUAUAUUUUUUAAAGAGAUUCUUUUUUCUUCUUCUUUGUAGACAGUUAAGAAAGGAAGUGGAGGUCACAAACCAGGAUUGUCUUUUGCGUGAACCUGUUUGACUGGAACAUGUCUGAUAUUGGACCUGCUUUUCUCCUGGGUGUCUGUUUUUUGGUAUCAUGUAAAGGGAAUUUCAGUUUUUUCAGAUGAACCCAGGGAAGAGAGACAGAGGUGACAUGUGGCUGUGUGAUCUGGCAGUGGCAGUGUUUCUGAUGACGGCUCCAGCUCUGCCUGCUGCCCUACUGACUUACACCUGACUCAUACUUUGAGGAAACAGAAAUUAUACAUAACAUCAGAUCAAUUCAAACCGUUUUUUCGUUGUGGGCAUCAGACUCUGUGUGAGUCCGUACGGUGCACGUGAAGAUGUACAAGCGUCGGGACUAUGUGGAACUCUAUGAGAAGGAUCAGGCCAAAUGGGCGCUGGUUCGCAACGUCAACACUGCGAUGAAACAGAGCACACUGCUGCCGGGCGACUAUGUCUGGUUGGACCUGAAGACCGGUCGGGAGUUUGAGGUACCGAUCGGUGCAAUGGUCAAACUCUGUGACUCGGGACAGAUCCAGGUGUUGGAUGAUGAGGGAAAUGAGCAUUGGAUCUCCCCCCAGAAUGCCACCAACAUUAAGCCAAUGCAUCCCACCUCCAUCCACGGGGUGGAGGACAUGAUCCGCCUGGGGGACCUCAACGAAGCUGGCAUUCUGCGUAACCUGCUCAUCAGAUACACAGAAAAGCUCAUAUAUACGUACACCGGCUCCAUCCUGGUGGCCGUCAACCCUUAUCAGCUGCUGCCCAUCUACACUGCCGACCAGAUCCGCCUCUACACCAACAAGAAGAUUGGUGAAAUGCCGCCGCACAUCUUUGCCAUCGCUGACAAUUGUUACUUCAACAUGCAGAGGAACAACCGCGACCAGUGUUGUAUCAUCAGUGGUGAGUCUGGAGCUGGGAAGACAGAAAGCACCAAACUGAUCCUUCAGUUCCUGGCAGCCAUCAGUGGUCAACACUCCUGGAUAGAGCAGCAGGUCCUGGAGGCCAACCCUAUACUAGAAGCCUUUGGCAACGCGAAGACUAUCCGCAAUGACAACUCGUCUCGUUUUGGGAAAUACAUCGACAUCCACUUCAACAAGAGAGGAGCGAUUGAAGGAGCCAAGAUUGAGCAGUACCUGCUGGAGAAAUCCAGAGUGUGUCGACAGGCCUUCGACGAGAGGAACUACCACGUCUUUUACUGCAUGCUGAAGGGAAUGACGGCGGAUGAGAAGAAGAAACUGGGGCUGAGCAAGGCCACAGACUACACCUACCUCACCAUGGGUAAGUGCACAGUGUGCGACGGCCGAGACGACUUGAAAGAAUACUCCAACAUCCGCUCUGCGAUGAAGGUACUAAUGUUCACAGACAAAGAGAACUGGGAGAUUUCUAAACUGCUGGCCGCUAUUUUACACAUGGGCAACCUCAGAUAUGAAGCCCGGACCUACGACAACCUGGAUGCCUGCGAGGUCGUCCGCAGCCCUCACCUCACCACUGCUGCUACACUGCUGGAGGUGGACAGUAAGGACCUGAUGAACUGUCUCACCAGCCGAACUCUAAUCACCAGAGGAGAAACCGUCUCCACUCCGCUCAGCAUGGAACAAGCUCUGGACGUGCGCGAUGCUUUCGUCAAGGGUAUUUACGGCCGCUUGUUUGUGUGGAUCGUGGAGAAGAUCAAUGCCGCCAUCUACAAGCCUCCGUCCUCACAGCCCAAAUAUCUCAGACGCUGCAUCGGACUGCUGGACAUCUUCGGCUUUGAAAACUUUACUAUAAACAGCUUCGAGCAGCUGUGCAUCAACUUUGCCAACGAGAACCUGCAGCAGUUCUUCGUGCGUCACGUCUUCAAGCUGGAGCAGGAGGAGUACAACCUGGAGCACAUCAACUGGCAGCACAUCGAGUUCACCGACAACCAGGACGCUCUGGACAUGAUCGCCAUCAAACCCAUGAACAUCAUCUCGCUCAUCGACGAGGAGAGCAAGUUCCCCAAGGGCACAGACACCACCAUGUUGUACAAGCUCAACUUUCAGCACAAACUCAACACAUACUACAUCCCUCCAAAGAACAACUAUGAGACUCAGUUUGGCAUCCAGCACUUCGCUGGAGUAGUUUACUAUGAAACAAAAGGCUUCCUGGAGAAGAACAGAGACACUUUAUACGGUGACAUUAUCCAGUUGGUUCACUCAUCCAAGAACAAGUUCAUCAAACAGAUCUUCCAGGCUGAUGUCGCUAUGGGAGCAGAGACCAGGAAGCGCUCGCCCACUCUGAGCAGUCAGUUCAAAAGAUCUCUGGAGCUGCUCAUGAGGACUCUGAGCGUCUGUCAGCCGUUCUUUGUUCGCUGCAUCAAGCCCAAUGAAUACAAGAAACCCAUGUUAUUUGACAGGGAGCUGUGUGUGCGUCAGCUGAGGUACUCAGGUAUGAUGGAGACCAUUCGUAUCCGCCGUGCAGGAUAUCCCAUCCGCUACACAUUCGUGGAAUUUGUCGACCGCUACCGGGUGCUCAUGCCUGGAGUCAAACCAGCGUACAAACAGGAGGACCUGAGGGGAACCUGUCAGAGGAUCGCUGAGGCCGUGCUCGGCCGAGAUGACGACUGGCAGAUGGGAAAGACCAAGAUCUUCCUCAAGGAUCACCACGACAUGCUGCUGGAGAUCGAGAGAGACAAGGCCAUUACUGACAAGGUCAUCCUCAUCCAGAAGGUGGUUCGAGGUUUCAAGGACAGGUCUAACUUCCUGAAAAUGAGGAAGUCGGCUGUGUGGAUCCAGAAGACAUGGAGAGGUUAUCAGUGUAGGAAGAACUAUGGAGCUAUGCGAGCAGGCUUCUCUCGCCUGCAGGCUCUGGUUCGUUCCAGGAAGCUGUGCGCGUCGUAUCACGUGGCCCGUCAGCGGAUCACGGGCUUCCAGGGUCGCUGUCGGGGCUACUUGGUGCGCCGGGCGUUCAGACACCGGCUGUGGGCCGUCAUCACCAUCCAGGCCUACACCAGAGGCAUGAUCGCUCGCCGGCUGUACAAGAGGCUGAAGGGAGAGUACCGCAGGAGGCUGGAGGCGGAGAAGAUGCGUCUGGCUGAAGAGGCCAAACUGAGGAACCAGAUGUCUGCGAAGAAAGCGAAGGCUGAGGCCGAACGCAUACAUCAGGAGCGUCUGGCCCAGCUGGUCAAAGAGGACGCCGAGCGCGAGAGGAAGGAGAAGGAGGAGGCUCGGAGGAAGAAGGAGAUGGUGGAGCAGAUGGAGAAGGCUCGUUUGGAGCCCGUCAACGACUCGGACAUGGUGGACAAGAUGUUUGGUUUCCUGGGGACGACAAACUCUUUACCGGGGCAGGAGGGACAAGCCCCCGCCGGCUUUGAGGACCUGGAGCGAGCCCAUCAGGAGCUGGAGGUGGAGGAUCUGGACGAGGCUCUUCCUCUGCCCGAGGAUGACGACGAGGAGGACUUAUCGGAGUACAAGUUCGCCAAGUUUGCCGCUACCUACUUCCAGGGCACCUCCACGCACACCUACGUCCGACGACCUCUCAAACAGCCGCUGCUCUUUCACGAUGACGAGGGAGACCAGCUGGCUGCUCUGGCGGUGUGGAUCACGGUGCUGAGGUUCAUGGGAGAUCUGCCGGAGCCCAAGUACCACACGGCCAUCAGCGAUGGAAGCGAGAAGAUCCCCGUCAUGACCAAAAUCUACGAGACGCUGGGAAAGAAGACGUACAAGAGGGAGUUGCAGGCGCUGCAGGGGGAGGGGGAGACGCCUCCGUCCGACAGCCACAAGAAAAACAGCGUCCGACACAAACUGGUGUCUCUCACCCUGAAGAAGAAAUCCAAGAUCACUGAGGAGGUCACCAAGCGCCUUAACGAUGGCGAGCACGGUCUCCACGGUAACAGCAUGUUGGAGGACCGGCCGACAUCCAACCUGGAGAAACUUCACUUCAUCAUCGGCAACGGGAUCCUGAGACCAGCACUGAGGGAUGAGAUUUAUUGUCAGAUCUGUAAGCAGCUGAGUCAGAACCCAUCUAAGAGUUCCCACGCUCGCGGCUGGAUCCUCAUUUCUCUGUGUGUCGGCUGCUUCGCCCCGUCAGAAAAGUUUGUCAAGUACCUGAGGAACUUCAUCAACAGCGGCCCGCCGGGUUACGCUCCUUACUGUGAGGAGAGGUUGAGACGAACAUUCGUUAAUGGGACGAGGACACAACCUCCGUCUUGGCUGGAGCUGCAGGCCACCAAGUCGAAGAAGCCCAUCAUGCUGCCGGUGACGUUCAUGGACGGCACGACCAAAACGCUGCUAACGGACUCUGCCACCACAGCCAAGGAGCUGUGCAACGCCCUAUCUGACAAAAUCAACCUACGAGACCGCUUCGGGUUCUCACUCUACAUCGCACUGUUUGACAAGGUCUCCUCUUUAGGCAGCGGGAACGACCACGUGAUGGACGCCGUGUCGCAGUGCGAGCAGUACGCCAAGGAGCAGGGAGCUCAGGAGAGGAACGCCCCCUGGAGGCUGUUCUUCAGGAAGGAGAUCUUCACGCCCUGGCACUGCCCCACAGACGACAUGGUCGCCACCAACCUCAUCUACCAACAAACCGUGAGGGGCGUCAAGUUCGGAGAAUACCGCUGCGACAGGGAUGACCUGUCGGAGUUGGCCUCGCAGCAGUAUUACGUUGACUACGGUUCAGAGAUCCUUCUGGAGCGGCUGCUCAGCCUCAUUCCCUCCUACAUCCCGGACAGAGAGAUCAGCACCUCAAGGACGGUGGAGAAAUGGGCUCACUUCGUCAUGGCUGCACACAAAAAGGGCAUCUACACCCAGAAGAGGUUUGACCCUCAGAAGGUGAAGGAGGAAGUGGUGGACUUCGCUCGCCACAAGUGGCCUCUGCUCUUCUCUCGUUUCUACGAAGCUUUCAAGUUCUCAGGUCCCAGUCUGCCGAAAAAUGACCUGAUCGUUGCCGUCAACUGGACUGGAGUUUAUUUUGUAGACGAGCAGGAGCAGGUCCUCUUAGAGCUCUCCUUCCCGGAAAUAACUUCAGUUUCCAGCAGCAGUGGAGGAAAGUUACAGGGUCAGAGUUUCACUCUGGCAACCAUCAAAGGAGAUGAGUACACCUUCACUUCCAACAAUGCAGAAGACAUCCGCGACCUGGUGGUGACCUUCCUGGAAGGCCUGAGGAAGAGGUCCAAGUUCGUGGUUGCGCUGCAGGACAACCCCAACCCCGCAGGGGAGGAGUCAACAUUCCUGAGCUUCCUGAAGGGAGACCUGAUCCUGUUGGACCAGGACACCGGCGAGCAGGUCCUCAACUCAGGUUGGGCGCACGGCGUCAACGAGCGAACCAAUCAAAGAGGAGAUUUCCCGGCUGACUGUGUGUAUGUCCUGCCCACCAUGGCCAGACCUCAGCAAGAAAUAGUGGCGCUGGUAACCAUGACACCUGACCAGCGACAGGAGUCGGUUCGUGUUUCGCAGCUCGUCAUGCCAGAGAGCGAAGGCAGAAUGAAGCCCUACACACUGGAGGAGUUCUCCUACGACUACUUCAGGCCUCCUCCCAAACACACUCUGAGCAGAGUGAUGGUCACAAAGAAUCGUGGGAAGGACAAACUGUGGAGCUGCACCAGGGAGCCACUCAAGCAGCCGCUGCUGAAGAAGGUCGUCAACCACGAGGAGCUGUCUCAGGACGCCUGCAUGUCCUUCAUAGCUAUGAUGAAGUACAUGGGCGACUACCCGUCCAAACGGACGCGCUCGGUCAACGAGUUGACGGACCAGAUCUUUGAAGGAGCGCUGAAGGCCGAACCCCUGAAAGACGAGAUCUACUGUCAGAUCAUCAAACAGCUCACCGACAACCACGUCAAGUACAGCGAGGAGAAAGGCUGGGAGCUGCUGUGGUUGUGCACCGGUCUGUUUCCUCCCAGUAACGUGCUGCUGCCCCACAUUCAGCGUUUUCUUCAGUCCAAGAAGCAUCACCCGCUCUCUGGAGACUGCAUGCAGAGGCUGCACAAAGCGCUACGAAACGGAUCCAGGAAGUAUCCCCCUCAUUUGGUGGAAGUGGAGGCCAUCCAACAUAAGACCACCCAGAUCUUCCACAAAGUCUACUUCCCUGAUGACACAGAUGAGGCGUUUGAGGUGGAGUCCAGCACCAAAGCCAAGGAUUUCUGCCAGAACAUCUCGACCCGGCUGCUGCUCAAAUCUCCUGAAGGCUUCAGCCUCUUCGUCAAGAUCUCGGACAAGGUGAUCAGUGUGCCAGAGGGAGAUUUCUUCUUUGACUUUGUCAGACAUUUGACAGACUGGAUCAAGAAAUCUCGACCAGCUAAAGAGGGUAUCGUUCCCUCUCUGACCUAUCAGGUGUUCUUCAUGAAGAAGUUGUGGACCAGUACAGUUCCGGGGAAGGACUCCUUCGCCGACUCCAUCUUCCACUACUACCAGGAACUGCCUAAAUAUCUGCGUGGCUACCAUAAGUGUUCACGAGAAGAGGUUUUCCAGCUUGCAGCACUCAUCUACCGCGUCAAGUUCGAGGAUGACAAAUCCCACUUUCCUACAAUUCCCAAGAUGCUUCGGGAGCUGGUUCCCCAGGAUGUCAUUCGUCAGAUGUCACCGGAUGACUGGAAAAGGUCUGUGGUGGCAUACUUCAACAAGCAGGCGGGCAAAUCAAGGGAAGAGGCCAAACUGAUGUUCCUGAAGAUCAUUUACAAAUGGCCGACCUUUGGCUCCGCCUUCUUUGAGGUCAAGCAAACCACUGAGCCAAACUAUCCAGAGAUCCUGCUGAUCGCCAUCAACAAGCAUGGAGUCAGUCUCAUUGACCCGAAGACGAAGGACAUCCUGAUCACCCACCCCUUCACCAAGAUCUCCAACUGGAGCAGUGGGAACACCUACUUCCACAUCACCAUUGGCAACCUGGUCAGAGGAAGCAAACUGCUAUGUGAGACCUCAUUGGGCUACAAGAUGGAUGAUCUGCUGACUUCGUACAUCAGUCAGAUGCUGACCACCAUGAACAAGCAGCGCCCCGGGCGGGGCCAGAGCAAGUGAACUUCUUACUGGCAGGAGGCGGCUGAGCUCAUCCGGGUCUUGCGCCCUAUAGGUCAGCACUGCAGUUGGGGGCGGACCUUCGCCAACCAGCUGUGGAGCAUGAGCCGCAGUCCUUCUGCUAGCUCCGAAGGGUCAAAGGUCUCCGGGGCGAGCGCAGUUGCCAGUAGCGACGACGACCCCGGCGAAGGCCCCAGCAACUAUAACCGCUACCAUUACAACUACAUUGAGGACGAUCCGUCCAGUGAGGAUGACUACCUCUAACACCUCCAACAGGUGGGGUUCAGGAUUCACUGGUCAGAAAUACAGUGUGGAGUCAGUACAACUGUACAUCAAACUGAGAACUCUGCUUCUAGUUGUCACAUCAACGCCAAACUCGAGGUUUGUGCUGCCUAAAAACAGUUUGAUGUUCUUGUGACAGUUAACUUUACAAACUGGCGUAGUGAUCGAGCUCUGGACAGAGUGAAGCUACACUUUGUGUCCACAGACAUUUUACACCAGUGAUUUUAUGAAUUGUCAAAGGUUCUGGGCUGUAGGUACAGUACAAUCUACGUGGUCUCAGUUAGAGUAGACGUUUCACUCCCUAACUGUGACUUAAGCUGACGAGAGCUGCAAGACAAUGUUCAUCUGGUAAUACCAUGUUACACUAACUGCUGUAGUGAUUUGAGCAUUUUAACAAGGUACCUGCAGGUAAAAAUCUCAAAACGCAUUGAAAAGCCUUAAAUUUAAUUUCCAAGGUUUUAAAUGUUUUUCUCUUGGCUGCUGUCAACAGAACUGUCAGUUAUGACUUUGAUAAACAGUGGUGAACAGUGGAUUGUGCUGCAGUAGCUCUAAAGUUUUGAUUGUAGCAAUUCAUUAUUUUUAAUUGGUUAAUCCAUUUAUUUUCAUUGCAGGCCACAUCAAUUGACUCUUUAUAUUACUUGGAAUUAUUGUUUCAUACAGCUGGGAUGUUCUGACGAAAUGUGAAUGUCAAUAAGUACAUGUACUUACUUAAUAAUUCUAAGCCUCGUUGUCCCCACUGGUUUUCCAUCUUUACCAGUAUAAUUGUAUUAAAUUAAAUAAUAUUCAGUUUUGUAAGAGUCUCACAUUUAAUUUGGUGAACACUUCAGAUAAACUAAAUGCAUGUAAACAUAUGAAUGGGUAAACAUGUUUGAUUUACGUAACAACAUGACGACCUCUGGCAUCUAAAAAUACCAACGUUUUCAUCCAUCCAACAAAAAAGUGUGUUUGUAAUGAGCAGUACAUCAUUACAGUGAAGCUGUAGGCAUCUACUCUUGCUCCUGUCUUGCCUGGUGCAUCUUAAAACAAUGACAAAGUCACAGAGUUGCAGAGUUAAACAACUCGUUGAGGUUUUUUAUUGACCGUUUCUUAUCGAGGGGUAACUGCUGUAGUUUUAAGUGCUGACCUUUGGAGAAUAUCAUUUGAAGUGAUUCAAAAUUCCUCUCGUUCAGAAGUUUUCUGGCCUUAUACUCAAGCUAACUGAAGUGGGAUCAUGAGGUCAUUUGUGUGCAAACUGUGUGCUACCAUUUCAUUUGUGGUUUUUGUUUGUUGAUACUGUAUGUUUACAGCUCUUUCGUUUUUUGCCGUUUAUAAUCAGCCGUUUUAUUUUUUACAUUACAUGCCUUAAUUGUUUCUCUAUUUAUGUUUGAAACUACAUUACCCAGCAACCUGUGGGGUGCAGCUGCUGUUCUUACGGGGCUUUUGUAACAUUCCUGUACAUUUACAAAACUAGUUCAACUCAAGGGCCACUUAUCAGCUUUUUCCAUGGUGUUUUAGUUGCAUUUCCCUUCAUCAGGAGUUUCAGGACAUACACAUCCAACACCAGAAUUGCGAAGGAAACCAGUAGAUGCAGCUAAAAAGCUUAAGAAAAAGCUAGUAAGUUGGCCUUCAGUUAAGACCUCCUUUGUCAAAAACUAUCAUGUUUAACAAUCCAUUUUUUUAAUGCUUAAGAAAACAAAUUUCUUAACACAUGCUGACGUUUGUGGAUGAGAAUUGUGCACUUGUAACUCUGAGAUCUAGAUUUUCCAUUAUUGGGAUAAAAGGGAAAUUUCCAUGUGACUUUUUUCAGGUGAGAUUUUUUUUUUAAAUGUCCCGUUUACAAAAAAACCCCUCAUAUAUCAAAGUGUUAAACAAUGACUGAGAUAAAUAAAAACUACUAACUUGAGAGGAAUGGAAGUAAUAAGUGAGCACAUACUUUCACACAAAGGCUGAGCUGAAGAUUAUUUUUCACGUGUCUCGGUUUGAAAAAAAGUUGCUUAAAGUAAAAAAGUGACUCCAAAGUCCAAGACGUAAUUUUUCUCUUUGUCUGUUAUUGGCAGUUGUUUGGCAGUACGUUGUUUUCCCAGAAAACCAGAUCAACAUUUUGAAUAACUGUAAAACACUCACUGUGCUUCCCUCCAUCAGUCGCCUUACCUCCACAUAGAGCUGAAUUUAAAAAAAACUGGUUUAUUUUGUAGUGGCACUUUAACGUGUAGAAGAAGGUUCCUAUCAGUUUACGUUUCUAUAAAUCCAUGAGUAAAUUAAGUGUUAUGUUUAGCUAUGAAACAAUAAACUGGUUAUUUUAAUAUUAUAAUCCUAUACUAUAUAUAAUAUAAUCCCACCAUCAACAGUGUUUUUAAUGCUCUCUAAAACCCAGACCCAGAACUUUCCCCGUUUGUCCCACAAGAGAAAUAACACAUUCCUCUGCUUUGAUUCAUUAGUCAUUUAAAAAAAUCUAAUCUCUGACAAAGAUUUAGACAUUUUCUUAUUUAGUCUUUUUUUUCUCCUAUAUUUGGUGAAACUCUGGCUCAUCCUUCUUCCACUCACCUGCACUGGAGGUUUUGUUUGUAUCAUGAACAAAGACACUGGUAUUUUAAUUGUGCCAAUCAUUUCAUUUGAUACCUUCAUGUUCACAUUGUUGUUGUUUUCCGGACUAAUGCAAACGUCUGUCCUAAUUUAUUAUAGGUGGUUUGUUGAGUUUUGUUUUGUCUGUGACUGUAACUCAAAAAAUCUCGACUUGUCUUUGUAAUGUGAGCUCUCACUUUUGUAUGAAGCAUUAAAUACAUUUGUUUUGACAUUACUGAUAUAAAUGAAUUAUUAACUCA